UCAUUAUUAUAGAUAUUAGAUAUUGUUUUCCUAAUUUUUUUUAUAUUUUAUGUUUUCUCUUUAUCUUUAUUAGUUGUGCUUAAAAAAUAUAUCGUAGGACACAAUUACGUGAGUAGAAUUUGAAGAACUAGUGAGCGGUGACUGUAGACCAAUUUGGAAUCAAACAUCUACAGCAGUAUGCCGUUAGAAUGGUUAUUUGGGCGUCGAAUGUCGCCCGAUGAGAUGUUGAGAAAAAAUCAGCGUGCUCUGAAUAAAGCAAUGCGAGAUUUGGAUCGUGAAAAUAUGAGAAUGGAACAACAAGAAAAGAAAAUCAUUAUGGACAUCAAGAAAAUGGCUAAAGAUGGACAGAUGGAAUCGGUAAAAAUCAUGGCAAGAGAUUUAGUAAGAACAAGGCGUUACCAGAAGAAAUUUAUGGUGAUGAAAGCUAAUAUACAAGCAGUAUCCUUAAAAAUACAAACACUGAAAUCGCAAAAUGCUAUGGGUCAAGCAAUGAAAGGUGUAACUAAAGCAAUGCAAAAUAUGAACAGGCAACUAAAUUUACCGCAAAUUCAAAGGAUCUUACAAGAGUUUGAAAAACAGUCUGAAGUAAUGGAUAUGAAGGAAGAAGUAAUGAAUGAUGCUAUGGAUGAUGCCAUGGAAGACGAAGGAGAUGAAGAAGAAACAGAUCAAAUUGUAACACAAGUAUUAGAUGAGUUAGGUCUUCAGCUCACAGAUCAAUUAUCUGGAUUGCCCUCAGCUUCUGGCUCAAUAAGUGUAGCGACCACUGGUAAAGUACCAAUCGUGGCCCAAGAUGGUGGAGGCGGUGGUAGUGCAGGUGGUGCUGUUACUCCACAACCAAAUGACGCUGAUGCAGACUUGCAAGCUAGGUUAGAUAAUUUAAGGCGCAAGUGAACAAUAUUUUUU